AGUGAUCGAGCACCUUCAGAUGCCACAGGCUCGGAUGUCUAUAGAGAAUUGCUCUGUCUCUUUGAACAUGACGGCAGGCAUUUUGCGAUCAUCAAGACCAUAUCGUCAUGCGGCGCAAAGUCUCUCAACAAGCAAGGACACAUAUUGCAGGUCAUUGUGCCAGUUUGGCGUCCUCUUGAAUGAACUGGCCAAUUUGAGAGAACAGGGCUCGACAAGAAAAGAGCAGCAGGCAAGCUGCUUAAGCGAGAACGGCGCUUACGAGAGCAGAAGCAUUCUUUAUGGGUAGCUGAGGGCUAUCGAAUCCAGUAUAAAUAGCUUCUAGAUUUGAUUAUGAGCGGAUGUU